AUGGACGAGCUAAUGACAAUCGAUCUGGUCCCUGGGACAUCUAAACAGACCCGGAUAAGCAAGGACUUGGAGCCGUCCUUCCGAGAUAAGCUGGUAACGUUGUUGAGAUCUAAUAUGGAUGUUUUUGCUUGGCAAUCAAGCGACCUAACUGGCAUUGCACCUCGUACCGCCGUGCAUAGACUCAAUCUGAAGCCCGAAUGUAAGCCCAUAAAACAAAAGCGACGACACCUCGGGGCUGAAAAAGAUGAAAUCAUUAAGCGAGAGGUCCAGCGACUUUUGGACAUCGGACAUAUCCGGGAAAUUCAGUUCCCUACGUGGUUAUCUAAUGCAGUACUGGUCCAGAAAGCCAGUGGGCAGUGGCGGAUGUGCAUUGACUUCCGAGACUUGAACAACGCAUGCUCUAAGGACGAUUACCCCCUACCUCGUAUAGAUCAGCUCGUAGACGCCACGGCCGGGUGCGAGCUACUCAGCAUGAUGGAUGCCUCACAAGGAUACCAUCAAACCCCAUUAGACGAGAAAGAUCAAUCCGCAGUCAGUUUUAUCACAGCCACCGGCACCUACUGUUAUGUAGUGAUGUCAUUCGGCUUAAAGAAUGCAGGGGCUACGUCCCAAAGGUUGAUGGAUAAGAUGUUCCGGACCCAGCUCGGGCAUAACAUAGAAGUCUACGUGGACGACAUGUUGGUUAAAAGCAAGAAGCGUUCGACACACCUUGCCGACUUGGCUGAAACAUUUGCCACCCUUCGCCUUUAUGGGAUGAAUCUUAACCCCAAAAAAUGUGCAUUUGGGGUUAAGGCCGGAAAAUUUCUUGGAUAUGUAAUUACUCAAGAAGGCAUCAAGGUGAAUCAAGACAAAGUAGAAGCUGUACUCCGGAUGACACCACCUCGGUCCAUUAAAGAGGUACAAUCCUUAGCAGGAAAAAUGGUGGCCUUGGCUCGUUUCAUAUCGCGAAUGGCCGAUAAAAGCUUACCCUUCUUCAAAGUCUUAAGAAAAACAGCUCAGUUCGAAUGGUCCAAUGUGUGCCAGCUCGUUGAGGUGUUAAAGGUAUCACUGUCUCGCUUACCCGUCCUCAGCACCCUCGAAAGGAGUGAAACACUUUUCGUAUAUUUAUCCGUGGGCGACGAAGCCGUUAGCUUAGUCCUGUUUAAAGAGGUAAACAGCCGGCAGCUACCGAUUUACUAUAUUAGCAGGAUCCUAACGAGCUCGGAAACUAAAUACUCCGAAGUCGAAAAAAUUGCUUACGCAUUGGUCCUUACCACGCGACGGCUGCGGCCUUACUUUUUAUCACACACUAUUGUAAUUUGCACGAGCUUGCCACUUCGUCAAACCUUGGGCCAACCAACGGCGUCCGGGCGAAUUGUCAAAUGGGCUGUUGAGUUAGGACAAUACAAGAUUCAAUAUCAGCCCCGUACUUCGGUCAAAGGACAAGCACUUGUGGACUUUAUCCGAGAAACUACCACAAUACAUAUCGAGAACGAGUGGAAAAUCUAUGUAGAUGGAUCCUCUACGGCGUCAGGAGCAGGAGCAGGAGUCAUAAUCAUCGAUCCCACGGGAAUGGAGCUCGAAUUCGCUAUUAAAUUACCGCGGGUUUCCAAUAAUGAGGCAGAAUACGAGGCUGUUAUCCGAGGUAUGGAAAUCGCCCAGGAGCUUGUUAAGUGUUUUCGACCAACAGAGUUGGGCGCCCGAGUAAUACAAGUAAAUUCCGAUUCCCAGCUUGUGAUACUUCAGUUGGAAGGGGAUUACGAAAUAAAGAAUGCCGGAAUGGGGAUUUAUGUAAGUAAAGGGGGGGCUGUCCAAGAAGCCUUUGAAGCAUGCCCCAUUUGUCAAUUUCGGGGGAAGGCCAUUCAACGAGCUGUUUUCCUCGCUAAAAUGGGGUUGUCGGUUUUGGACUGCGUUGAGAGAAAGAUAUCCAUCUUCAUUGUUCCCCCCCCCCCCCCGCCCCAAUUCUCGGAAUCACGAUACUCGAAGAAGAAGAAAUCGACUGGCGAGCUCCUUUAUUCGCAUACUUUCAGGGAGAACGAGUUGGAAAGGCCAGAGAGCAACACCGCUUGGCAUACAAAGCCCAGCAUUUCUAUGUGCGAUACGGAAUACUAUACAAAAGAAAUUUCACCACGGUGGACGCGAGGUGUUUGGGAAAGAAGGAAGUUCGCCCCACUCAUACAUAAACCGGGAGAGGAAAUGAUCAUCAUGAGUGCUCCAUGCCCCUUCGCACAAUGGGGGAUCGAUUUGGUAGGGCCUUUUCCGCAAACGAUAGGUAGAAAGAAGUUCCUUAUUGACGCAGUGGACUAUUUCACCAAGUGGGUUGAAGUAGAGGCCUUAUCGAAAAUAUCGGAGGACGAAGUCAUGCACUUUAUAUGGAAAAAUAUCUGCUGCCGUUUUGGCUUACCUCGGAGCCUCGUGUCGGAUAAUGGCACCCAGUUUAAUGGAAAGAAGAUCCGAGCUUGGUCCGUUAUCCCAGUCGAGGUGGCAAUUGACACACUCCGCAUAACCACGUUUGACAACGAGAAAAACAAUGACGCCCUGAGAGCACAGUUGGACGAAGUUUUUGAUUUACGAGAGGAGGCUUACCUACAUAUGGAACGAAGUAAAAACUUGAUUAAGGCCCGGUAUGACAGGGGAGUCCGGUCUCGCACUUUCCAGAUUGGCGAUCUAGUCCUUCGUCGAGCAGACGCCCUAAAAAACACAGGCAAGCUAGAAGCCAAUUGGGAAGGCCCGUAUACAGUUGCCAAAUGCUUGGCUGGUGGCGGAUACGAGUUAACAGACAUGGAAGGCAAAGCACUGCCACGUGCAUGGAACAUAGCCCAUUUAAAACGCUUCUUCGCGUAA